UGACGAAGACGAGCAUCGCCGGACGGACUGUCGACCGAUCGCUGCUCUUCACGCAACGUUGAUCCAGCCGCAUACACCCAUCUGGUAGCCAUGGCGAGUAUGGCAGUCCGGGCGGCUAUGGCCGCCAUGACUGUGACAUCAACAACAACGGGCGCCGUUCGCGCACUGGACGUGGGUGAGGGUGUCCCUCGCCAGAGCGGCCAUGUCUGCUAUGGAGGAGGAAGCUGCAUGGCUGGAUCACGCUCAGCAGAUAGUGCUAAAAGCAGAACGGCCCUCGUCGCGUUCCGUCCGAGUCCCCUCGGCACUUUGUCACCGGAGCUGGCAGAGGCGAGGCGCUCCUGCGGUGGAUCUGUCACGAAACAGGCUGCAAACUGCGCUUUCGGAAACGACCCCACAGCGACACGUGUCACCCAUCCAUCCCACGUCGUCAAAGCAACGACGACUGUAGUCGAUGGGCUACCUCUCGAUCCCGUCGGCGAUGAUGUUGCAACCAGUGACAAGAAACAGGAGGAAUUGGAUCUGGAGUUACUUUGCCCCGUUUGCUUUGACCCAGUAGUCCGUUCUGGCCCGUCAGGUUUUAACAGAAAAGUUUUGAAGCGCUGCAGCUUCCAAUGCCGAAGCUGCCGGCGAGUUUAUGAUGCGUCUGCUGGUUAUGUCGAUCUCACGGUUCUCUCUGAAAGCCGGCAGUACACGGAAGAUGAGUCCAGUGGAACGAGUAUAUUCCGGUCUCCUCUGGUAUCCUUCGUUUAUGAAAGAGGCUGGAGGCAAUCAUUUGCAAGCUAUGGUGCUCCAGGGGUGGAUGAGGAGUUCAGGCGCGCACAGGAGUACCUGGCACCGGCCAAAGGUGGGAUUUUGAUGGAUGCCAGCUGUGGCAGUGGUUUGUUCUCUCGCCGCUUUGCACAAUGUGGUGACUACUCCGCUGUCAUUGCAAUGGACUUCUCAGAGGGAAUGCUGAAGCAGACAGAAGCGUUCAUGGAUGAGGAUCGCUCAUUGGACAACUCUUCUAUCGUGCUUCUGCGGGCAGACAUCGGUCGGUUACCUUUUCCAUCCAAGUCUAUCGAUGCAGUUCAUGCAGGUGCUGCUCUCCACUGUUGGCCCUCACCUUCCCUCGCGGUUGCAGAAAUCUCUCGUGUGCUUAAACCUGGCGGAAUAUUUGUCGCAUCCACAUUCCUGGCAACGGCCGUCCCCGAGCUUGAGGAAAUCGGGCUAGCUAUUCGCCAGACAAUAGGCACUCCAUUCGGCCGGACAUAUCGUCAAUGGCUAGAUAAGGAGCUGAAGGACUUGAUCAAGAUCUGCGGGCUCGUCGACUACACUCGCUUCCGCACAUCGCGAUUCAUCAUGUUGUCAGCAAGAAAACCUGAAUAGCCAUGUCAUGAUGGUGAUGAUGGGAAGAACAUGCAAAAUACGUAGUCGUUGUCAUGCAGGCAGAUAGCCAAAUAGCCAAAACUGCCAAAAAGCCCAGUAAAGUGGCAUUAGCAUGAUAGGAAGAAAUGUCGAUGCAUUGCAAGCAAAGUGCGCUUCCAUUGUCAUGCAUACAGAUAGGUAAAUAGCCCAUAGCCGAAAGCUAAAUAGCCAAAUUCCCAAAGAGGCUUGAAAGAGUCAAAUAGCAAAAUACAAAAAUAGUCAAAAAGCUAAGAGUUC